UGGUCGUACAUGACAUGCAAACUGACUCUGUAUCAUGGCACGUCUUUGGACACCUCUGGAGACAAAUGCGACCUCUGUCCUAAGUCUUUCCUUCACUUUUUUGCAACUCUUUUUAGCGAUAAUUUUAGCUUUUACUGCUGGUCGUAAGCUGCCAUCGUUGGAGAAGUGGAUAAUUACGUGGUUAUUGUAUGAUGCGAUGACACAUUUUACACUGGAAGGACCAUUUGUGUACUUCUCUCUAACUGGAAGUGUUAAUAACUCCAACCACAUUCUGGCUGAGUUGUGGAAGGAAUAUGGCAAAGCUGAUUCAAGGUGGCUACACUCUGAUCCAACAAUUGUUUCACUAGAGAUUCUGACAGUCUUUCUCACAGGACCAUUAGCUUUGUUGUUGAUUCAUGCCAUUUCUUACAACAAACAUUACAGACAUUUUGUACAGAUCACUCUCUGUGUUUGUGAGCUGUAUGGAGGUUGGAUGACAUUUUGUCCGGAAUGGUUGGUAGGCAGCCCUAGUUUAGACACAAGCUCUGCUUUGUACCUGUGGUGCUAUUUAGUAUUUUUUAAUGGCUUGUGGGUCAUUAUUCCUUUUCUCCUUUUAUGGCAUUCUUGGAAGGAAAUGGAAGAGCUGCUCACUGGUAAAACAUCAGCAACAACCCAAAAGAAAAAGACAUGAAAGCCUAUAAUUUGGCAGUCACACCAUAGGUCAGCAUUAUUUAGCAUUGGCUAGCUACAAGCAUAACUCAUUACAUGCAAUGUUUCCUAUCUCUGCUAGCUUCUAUUGUGCACCUGAAAUGCUUUCCAAUGGCCAGUCAGUUCUUCUCAAUAAGCAGCUAAUCCUUUCUUUUUAAGUCUUAAGUUUGUAAUCAUAGUCUACAGAAAAGAUUUUGUGGAGUUUCAGUGUGCACAGGAUCACAAAACGUUUUUUUAAAAAAAUGUUUGCUGCUGAAGAAAUGAGAGUAAGUUGUAAGUACAGUAACUUUUGAAAUGGAAAUCAGCUGUACAUGUACAUCAUUAUCAUAUUUUUUUAAGAAAAAUUCAACAAUUUAGGCACCAAAAUUGAUUCUUAAUCUUGGAGA